CACCAAGGCUGGCACCUCCAUGGUGGAACGGUUCGCCGCAAUGUUGCAAGGUCCCUUUGAGCAACUAAGCGGUGACGGGAGUACAUGUCAACUCGAAUCCGGACGCCAAAACCUCGCCCUGGUUGACGACCCCUUGAUGCCUGGUUCAUCGGCUCCCUCAUCGUCGUUUGUCGAGGAUCAUCAACGUGAGAUUUCGAGCGGAGCUGCAGUAUCCUCAUCGAUCAACGUUGGCUCCGACGAACCAUUUGAAGAACGUCCGCCAUCUCCCUGUGACGUGCACAACUUCCCUGUGAUAGAACGAAUGAUGUACACGCAACUACGUCCCGAACUCUUUCCAGCGGCUGGGCCCCGG